GAGGAGAUUGACAGUGCUGCCAGUGGAGCGCCAGGAGCCCAAAGUGUGUUGGUCCACCCUAUGCACGGCAUCUCAAAGGCUGCGGACGAGGCACAUCAGCCUCGAGCGAAGGUUCGAGUGCGAAAUUUAGUCACCAAACAGUGGGAAGGUCCCUAUGACCUUAUCGCUUCGGGGCGCGGGUAUGCUUGUGUGCCCACAGAUACUGGGACACGCUGGGUACCUUCGAAGUGUGUUCGCCCUGACCUGCAACCGCAGAGACAGAAUCCGGCCGAAGGGCAACAUGGAGCCCGUGACCAACCUGAAAGGCAUCAAGUGGGUGAAUCAUUGAGUGAUGACUCAGAUGCAGACAACGCGAGUGAUCACUCUGAUGAGUCCUCCAUGAAUGAGCACUGAACACUGUUCAUUUUUCUUUUCCUUUUCCUUUUUUAAACUGAAAAGGGUGAGAUGUCGCCCUGGCUAUCAAGAGUUUUCUAAAGCCUUCUGAGUUUACAUUCUUGUAAAGAACUUUCUCACACAACUUUCUGUAAAUAACCUAUUGUUUUGCAUUCUUUCAUAGAGGCGGAGAAAUUUGAUGUACAGGUCGUUUGUCCAGUGUCGUUGGAGAGGUGGCACGUUCACCCUCCAAUCCACUGGCAUCUUUUGAGAACUAUAAAAGAUUGGAGUCAGAAAAAAUAAAUUAGUCUCUUCAUCGUGACCAAGGCUGUGGUGCGUCGUUUUUGCUUGUGUCA